CCCUGCUUCUCUCGGCCGAAACCCCCAGCGGAGCGAGCGGCGGCGGCGGCGGCGAUAUGCAGUUCCUCCGAGGCGUCGGCGGCGGGGGUGCCGGAGGAGCGGGAGGGGCGGGGUCAAUGGCGUGGGAGGUGUUGAGGAGGCAUUUCUCGCGGAAGCGGGCGGUGGACAUCCGGCGGAUCAACCCCAAGGUGCCCAAGGAGGAGGCCGUGGCCAUCUCCGGCCGCCUCCUCCAGAUCCUCGCCGACCACGGGCCGCUCACCGUCGGCAACACCUGGAACCACGCCAAGGAUGCUGCGAUCGACGGCCUGAACAGCAAGACCCACAUGAAGAUCCUGCUCAAGUGGAUGUGGGGGAGGAGGAUCAUCAAGCUCUCCUGCACGCAGGCCGGCAACACCAAGAAGUUCCUCUACUCCCCGUUCACCGCCGACGACGCCGAGGCGGCCGAGGAGCCAUCGCCGGCCGAGGAGCAGCCCAAGAAGAAAGGGUGGAAAGGGAAACACCCAAAGUACCAGACCAAGAAACAGCCGGCAGCAGCGGCUUGACCCUGGUCUGCCUGCUGUGAGCAUCCCUUUCUGGCAUUUUCGCACUGCUGCUGUUAUUUUUUCUGUUUUUUACUUAGCACAGAAUAGUUUUCUCGUCAUCUGUUUGACAUGAAAGGAUUUUGUGAUGGACCAUUUGGGGUUGGCGCAGAUUACGCUGGCAGGCCGGGCUGCUGGGCUCUCUGUUGUAGACUCGCUGGUAGAAUAAUGAUGACAUCAACAUGAUAAUCUAGUACUCCCUCCAUAAAGAAAUAUAAGAACGUUUGGAUUAGUGAUCUAAAUGCUCUUACAUUUCUUUAUAGAGAGAGUAUAUAUCUAUCAGUCUUGAGAUGCAUUGUC